AUGAUCAAUAAUAAUUCGAACAUUCGAGAAUAUCAAGCAAAUUAUCGACAAAUUCAUGGAUCAAUGAAUCCGUAUACGGUUUUGAGAAGACAUCCUUCGCAGCAUUAUAUUUUCGAAGAAGAUCUUGCACCUUUGAAGGAACAGGUAGGUGUACUGUAGAUAUUUGAAAAUAACCAAAAUGGAUUUCGUUUCAGGACCAUCAAGAAAGCAGUGUUUCGGUCGAAAAUAUAAUGCCAGAAGUUUUGCACCCAAAUUAUAUUGCAGAUGAUACAAAAUCAUUUGGAAAUCCAUAUGAAAAUCAUCCAAAUUAUGCAACUCCAUCGCAUUAUUUCAAUCAUUUGUUGGAGGAUCAAAAUACGGUAAAAAUUGGCGGGAAAAUUUAUAGAAACUCUUAUAUUUCAGCAUCAAGUUGAUUCUCAAUACAAUCUUCUUACUUCAACUGACAAUCUUCGUAUUUCUGAUCCAUUUUCAUCUUCAAAUUCAAAUCAAUCUGCCAAUUAUUUGCCACGUGUUUUUGCACCAAAUAAUAUCACUUUGAAUAAAUAUGCAUUGAGUGCUGAAUCAAUCGAAAAUGUUGCUCAACUUCCAAUUCAAUUUGAAUACAAAGGAUCUCCUUCGUCUUUAAAUUCUCCUUCAAUUGGUUAUUCUCGCUCUACUGAAACAUUGAACAAAAAAAUGAUGACAUCAAAUUCGAUUUAUGAAUUACAACAAAUUGAUGUGGUUUUCGAGGACAAACAGGAGAAUUUGGCUCAAAAUUUGGGAGAUGUUAAAAUUCGCGAAUUUUCAACACAAUCUUUGGCCGAUUUACGUGAAUUACCAAAUUUGUCUGAAUAUUCGGGAUUUAAUGAUUUUUCGGGACCAAGUCAAGAUGUUCAAACUUGUAUUGGAAUGAGUCCAUCACCUUAUGUAAGUUUUGAAGGGAUACUGUAUAUUUUGAGCGGGAAAAUUUGAUCUACCGUAUCUAUUUACAGUAGUUCCAAGUUUUGCAGGAACGCGCUGAAUUUGAAUAUUUCGAAAAUGUGGCAUAUGGUGGAAUUUGA